UAACUGGAUUGUACCUCUCCCAAAACAAAUUGAGUGGUUCAAUCCCUUCUUGUAUUGGCAGUUUAUCAAAGAUGCAGUCCUUAAGCCUUGGUUCUAAUCUAUUAAAAGGUCCUAUUCCCCAAGAAAUUUGUAAUCUAGCAAAUUUAACUGGAUUGUACCUCUCCCAAAACAAAUUGAGUGGUUCAAUCCCUUCUUGUAUUGGCAGUUUAUCAAAGAUGCAGUCAUUCCCCAAGAAAUUUGUAAUCUAGCAAAUUUAACUGGAUUGUACCUCUCCCAAAACAAAUUGAGUGGUUCAAUCCCUUCUUGUAUUGGUAGUUUAUCAAAGAUGCAGUACUUAAGCCUUGGUUCUAAUCUAUUAAAAGGUUCUAUCCCAAAAGAAAUCGGCAAGCUUUUUGAUCUAUCAAGUCUAAACCUUAGCUUCAACCAACUCUCAGGUCCCAUCCCUAUCUUGUCUGCUACUGAUCUCUACAUUGUCGACGCUGGAAAUGGUUGUAACAAGAUUUCUCCCGAUCCAUUUGAAGGCAACAGCGAUUUAUCACCCUAUAUGUGUCCUUCUCCAGUAACCAAAAAAGCCAACAGCAGCAGAAUUCCUUACUAUAUCAAAAUAUUCCUCCCUAUUGCCAUCUUAUUCACAUUCUCCAUUUUAGGAUGUUUGCUAUUUUCACGGUUUAAGCUCAAGAAUAACCAUGUCAGCGUACAACCAACGAAGAAUGGGGAUUUGUGUUCCAUAUGGAACUAUGAUGGAAAGAUAGCAUACGAGGAUAUCGUUGCAGCAACAGAGGAUUUCGACUUCCGAUACUGUAUUGGAGUUGGUGGUUAUGGUAGUGUUUACAAAGCAAAACUCCCUUGUGGUAAAGUAGUUGCUUUGAAGAAACUUCAUCAUUUAGAAGCCGAAAAUCCAACUUUUGACAAGAGUUUCAGGAACGAGAUCAAGUUUCUAUCAGAAAUACGACAUCAAAACAUCGAAAAGCUUCACGGGUUUUGUCUACACCAACGAUCCAUGUUUUUGAUCUAUGAAUACAUGGAGAAAGGGAGUUUGUUCUGCAACCUAAGGGAUGAAGUGGAUGCUGCAGAAAUGGAUUGGACGAAAAGAGUAGAGAUAAUCAAAGGCAUAGCACAUGCUUUGUCUUACUUGCACCAUGAUUGCUACCCUCCAAUAGUUCAUCGAGACAUAUCAAGUAACAAUGUUCUUUUAAACUCUAGUUCUGAGGCCUUUGUGGCCGACUUUGGAACUGCUAGGAUGUUGGAGCGUGAUUCAUCCAAUCAGACUAUUCUUGUCGGAACUUGUGGCUAUGUAGCUCCAGAACUUGCGUAUACAAUGAUUAUCACCGAAAAAUGCGAUGUUUAUGGCUUUGGAGUGGUAGCACUGGAAACAUUAAUGGGAAAACAUCCUGAAGAAGUGUUAUCAUGGUUGUCAUCACCAACUUCUUUGGUAAACAUGAAGCUGGUUGAUGUGUUAGACAACCGUUUACCACUUCCAACAAGCCAACUAGUUACACAAAAUCUUGUUCAUGUUGCUACACUGGCAUUCGCUUGCUUAAAUCCGCAACCGAAGUCCCGACCAACAAUGAAAGAAGUGUGUGAAGAGUUCCUUUCUCGCCAAACAUCCUUGGGAAUUCCCCUUCGGACGAUCUCUUUGUUACAACUCAUGAACUGUGAAAUGCAUAUUGGAGGCAAAACUAAAACUUGUGAUGUUUAAAGUCUAUGCGCUUGUUGUUGAUUAGUUUUUGUUUAUCAUGCUCUGAUAAUUUGUUUGUAAACCAUCGCUGGUUUUAUAUAUGAUGGAAUGAAUUACAAUGUUUAAUAAA